GGAGGCGGUGGCGGCGGAGGGGGAGGUGCGAGCCGGGCGCCGCCCCCGGCCCCUCCCCAGCCCUCCCCGCUCAGCGCUCAGACCGCGGGCGGCCCAGGGGCGGGCGCGCCGCUGCAUCCCCAUCCUCGUCGUCGCCCCCGGCACAGCGCGAGCGGGCGAGCGGCGCGGGCGGCCGGAGCGCCGAGGCCCGGCCAUGGCCACCACCAGCACCACGGGCUCCACCCUGCUGCAGCCCCUCAGCAACGCCGUGCAGCUGCCCAUCGACCAGGUCAACUUUGUAGUGUGCCAACUCUUUGCCUUGCUAGCAGCCAUUUGGUUUCGAACUUAUCUACAUUCAAGCAAAACUAGCUCUUUUAUAAGACAUGUAGUUGCUACCCUUUUGGGCCUUUAUCUUGCACUUUUUUGCUUUGGAUGGUAUGCCUUACACUUUCUUGUACAAAGUGGAAUUUCCUACUGUAUCAUGAUCAUCAUAGGAGUGGAGAACAUGCACAAUUACUGCUUUGUGUUUGCUCUGGGAUACCUCACAGUGUGCCAAGUUACUCGAGUCUAUAUCUUUGACUAUGGACAAUAUUCUGCUGAUUUUUCAGGCCCAAUGAUGAUCAUUACUCAGAAGAUCACUAGUUUGGCUUGCGAAAUUCAUGAUGGGAUGUUUCGGAAGGAUGAAGAACUGACUUCCUCACAGAGGGAUUUAGCUGUAAGGCGCAUGCCAAGCCUACUGGAGUAUUUGAGUUACAACUGUAACUUCAUGGGGAUCCUGGCAGGCCCACUUUGCUCUUACAAAGACUACAUUACUUUCAUUGAAGGCAGAUCUUACCAUAUGACACAAUCUGGUGAAAAUGGAAAAGAAGAGACACAGUAUGAAAGAACAGAGCCAUCUCCAAAUACUGCAGUUAUUCAGAAGCUCUUAGUUUGUGGGCUGUCCUUGUUAUUUCACUUGACCAUCUGUACAACAUUACCUGUGGAGUACAACAUCGAUGAGCAUUUUCAAGCUACAGCUUCGUGGCCAACAAAGAUUAUCUAUCUAUAUAUCUCUCUUUUGGCUGCCAGACCCAAAUACUAUUUUGCAUGGACGCUAGCUGAUGCCAUUAAUAAUGCUGCAGGCUUUGGUUUCAGAGGGUAUGACAAAAAUGGAGCAGCUCGCUGGGACUUAAUUUCCAAUUUGAGAAUUCAACAAAUAGAGAUGUCAACAAGUUUCAAGAUGUUUCUUGAUAAUUGGAAUAUUCAGACAGCUCUUUGGCUCAAAAGGGUGUGUUAUGAACGAACCUCCUUCAGUCCAACUAUCCAGACGUUCAUUCUCUCUGCCAUUUGGCACGGGGUAUACCCAGGAUAUUAUCUAACGUUUCUAACAGGGGUGUUAAUGACAUUAGCAGCACGAGCUAUGAGAAAUAACUUUAGACAUUAUUUCAUUGAACCUUCCCAACUGAAAUUAUUUUAUGAUGUUAUAACAUGGAUAGUAACUCAAGUAGCAAUAAGUUACACAGUUGUGCCAUUCGUGCUUCUUUCUAUAAAACCGUCAUUCAUGUUUUACAGCUCCUGGUAUUACUGCCUGCACAUUCUUGGUAUCUUAGUAUUAUUGUUGUUGCCGGUGAAAAAAACUCAAAGAAGAAAGAAUACACAUGAAAACAUUCAGCUCUCACAAUCCAAAAAGUUUGAUGAAGGAGAAAAUUCUUUGGGACAGAACAGUUUUUCUACAACAAACAAUGUUUGCAAUCAGAAUCAAGAAAUAGCCUCGAGACAUUCAUCACUAAAGCAGUGAUCGGGAAGGCUCCGAGGGCUGUUUUUUUUUUGAUGUUAACAGAAACCAAUCUUAGCACCUUUUCAAGGGGUUUGAGUUUGUUGGAAAAGCGAUUAACUGGGGGGAAAUGGACAGUUAUAGAUAAGGAAUUUCCUGUACACCAGAUCGGAAAUGGAGUGAAACAAGCCCUCCCAUGCCAUAUCCCCGUGGGCCACGCCUUAUGUAAGAAUAUUUCCAUAUUUCAGUGGGUACUCCCAGCCUCAGCACUUGUCCUAGGGUCACAUGCGUGCCCUGUUGCUGAAUGUACGUUGCGUAUCCCAAGGCACUGAAGAGGUGGAAAAAUAAUCGUGUCAAUCUGGAUGAUAGAGAGAAAUUAACUUUUCCAAAUGAAUGUCUUGCCUUAAACCCUCUUAUUUCCUAAAAUAUUGUUCCUAAAUGGUAUUUUCAAGUGUAAUAUUGUGAGAACGCUAUUGCAGUAGUUGAUGUUGUGUACUGUAAAGGAUUUUAGGAGGAAUUUGAAACAGGAUAUUUAAGAAUGUGGAUUUUUUAAAAUGCAAUAAACAUCUCAGUAUUUGAAGGGUUCUCUUAAAGUAUGUCAAAUGACUACAAUCCAUAGUGAAACUGUAAACAUUUAAUGGACGCCAAAUAAUAGGUAGCUGAUUUUGCUGGAGAGUUUAAUUACCUUGUGCAGUCAAAGAGCACUUCCAGGAGGAAUUUCUUAAAACAUAAUGAAAGGUUUGGUAAUGUGAUACUUUAAGCUUAUUCUUUUUCUUAAAAGAGAGAGGUGACUAAGGAAGGCAGGAAUGAAGAAGCACUGCCUGGCCUCCAGUGGAAUGCACAGGGUGGAGCCACAGCUCUGCAAGGCCGCUUCUCCCCCACGCCAGGGCUCUGCACCAUCAUGUGAGACUUAAAAAAAAAGUGGAAUGACUUGGUGAUACUUUGGACUUCUAAACUAAAUUUAUCAGGCAUAAAUUAUGUAGAAUUAGAAAGAGGCUUUGAAAAUAAUAUCGGUAGGUUGCUCAAAGGUUUUGAAAGAGAAAUCGCUAGGCAGGUUACUAUCUGGCUAAUCAAUUUCUUAUCCUUGACAAUUUACUUCAUAUUUGGGAAACUUUUAGGGACAUGAAAACUAAAAGUCAUUGAGUCUAGGUGACAUUUUUUGAGAAUAAUAUAAAUUCAUUUUCAAACUCUUCUCAUAUUAAAAUUUUGCUGUGAUCUCUUACUAAAAUGAGUUUUAGGUUCUGUAAGUGGAAAAAUGUGCUUUUAUUUUGUGGGCCAUUUUUACCAUGAUUAAUCUUGCCUUGGAUUACUAGGUGUCUCCUGCAAUCCCACAGAGGACUGUAGUGGCCACAGGAGCUGAAAGCAGGAGAGUAGCAUUUGACGCCAGACAGUGGAGCGGCCUCAGCCCCAGAUGGUACCUCCUGCCCUGUUGGGGGGAUGGGGGGGGCAAAGCCUUCUGACUUCACCUUUAUUUGACCUAUGUAUGGAGCUUACUUUUACUUUUUGCCUUAAAUUUUUAAUGAAAUGCAAAUUUUCUGUGAUGAGUUUCUCUCUCUUUUCUGGGGGGUGGGGUCACUAACAAAUUUGCAAAUGAAGUUAAGGACAAGGCAAACCAUCUGGCUUAUGCUAUAUAAUACUUCAUUUAAAGAAGAAAGGAAAAGUAAAUGCACUUGCAGCUUUUGAGGUCUCAGCAAAAAUGGAAUGUGUCUUUUUUGAAAUUUAGAAAUAUCCUGAUCUAUUUUUAUUUCUCUAAAAGUAAGUGUUUUCCAGCUGAUAGGCUAACCUUACCAUUCCUUCUCAGGAAAGGAUCGAUAACUAAAUAAAUUUCCUCUGUUUUCUCAUGCAUUGAAAUUAUGUUGGCUGGGCGCAGUGGCUCACACCUGUAAUCCCAGCAGUUUGGGAGGCCGAGGCAGGUAGAUCACUUGAGGUCAGGAGUUCGAGACCAGCCUGAUUAACAUGGUGAAACCCCAUCUCUACUAAAAAUACAAAAAUUAGACGGGUGUGGUGGUGCACACCUGUAAUCCCAACUACUUGGGAGGCUGAGGCAGGAGAAUUGCUUGAACCUGGGCGGCGGAGGUUGCAGUGGGCUGAAAUUGCACCACUGCACUCCAGCCUGGGUGACAGAGGAAGACUCCAUCUCUCACACACACACACACACACACAAAAACAAAACCCAACAAGUUUGUAUUAAGCCUUCUUGUUUUCACUUAUGACAUGCCUGAACCUGUCUUUUAUAUUCUUAAUUUGUUCACUUUCUCUUAAUAGCAGUUGAAUUCUCUGCAACAUUAAUGAAAAUGAUCAAACAUUUUACAGGGCAGGUACUUUCCGUGAACAUUCUUUCUAUUCUCUCACAUUAAACAGCUAGCAUAAUUUUUUUCUUUUUUUCUUUUGUUUUUGUGUGUGUGUGUGUGUGUGGUUUUUUUGGGUUUUUUUUUUUUUUUUGGUUCAGCCUAUCUAGCCACUUACAAAUAAUCACAUUUCUGUUACCUGAAUUUACUUUAUUUCUCAGCCUGUAAACCUUAGUCACUGUUACCUAUUUCUUGCUCAGUGAAUAUAAUCUUAGCACCAUCAUCUAGAAAGCAAGAUAUUUGAUUUUUUUUCCGGUUCCUUUGAAGAUAAUAAUUCCAUGUCCAGUUUGACUGAUUUUCAUACCCCUGAAUCAACUAGUUAUUUUUAUGAAAUGGUUUUUGGAUAGCUCUCCUCUAGUUUGGAGAAGUAAUAAUCACAAAUAUUAGUAUUUUGCUUCUAGUACUUACAGUAGAAGAAUUUUAAACUGGUACAUCUACUCCUGUUAAAUAGAAACGGGAUUCAUUGUAUUAUGUGCUUGCUUUUUUUUAAAUCAAUAGAAUCAGAUUCAAUGCAUAUUUAUGUUAUAUAUUUUCCACUAUUCAGGUAUCAUGAAAUCACUCCAGAGAUGAUCAAUCAACAUCGUAUUUAAUUUUUGGUUAAUUAUAUACUACUCAGGGAAAAAAUGAACAAAAAUAAUUAUUAUUCAUCCUUCAAUUUCAUUUUCUUGAAACAGAGUUCGUUUAAUUUGGUAUGCCUCGGCUGUCACCAUUUUAUAAGUGGCUCGUUCUGUUUUUAAAAUAAGUAUUCUUAUUGCAACUCAGGGUAAUUGGGGGAAUUUAUUUAACUUCUGAAAUACCCAGCAGGAUAGAGAAGAUUUAUUUGGCUUCAAAAAUGUCUGGUGACCCCUUUUUGAUUAACCACUACUGCCCAUUUGAUUCAAAAAUCAAUUUAUUGGGCUCCACCAUGUGUGACACACACAGGAUUUCCAAACAUACCACUUUUAAGAAAAAUGUGCAGUAGAAAGGAGGUUUCUAGAAAGUGACGGUAACUCACAUUUAAGCACUACCUGACCUGGGAGGGGACCUGGAUCUUCAUUCUGGUUCUGCCUUUCAUGAGACUUAAGACUUGGAGGAGCCACCUGUCCUAUAAACCCCAAGUUCCUCAGCCAUAAGCAAAUGGGUUAAUCCUAAGAGUUCGGGACCAGUUGGGUGUCAUGAAUGGAGCCAUUAGCAAGGUCUGUAGGAUUCAGGGAGUUGGGCAAAUUCACAGUCCACACUAUCAUCAUGGUUACUGACUUGUACUCCUUGAGCUCAAAGCCCUGACAUUUCAAAAGGUUGUCACGAUAACAGUGAAACCUCUGAAUCCCUUAAAUCAGAAGGCAUGGCAACAUACUUUUCUACUGGCAAUAGCUCUUACAAUGAGUGUUUCAUAAUGAAAUAGUCUCUGCUGAAGAAAACAUGUUUUCCUUUGGCUGUCUCUGCUUUGUUGGUUUCUGUUUGUGCUGUGUAAAAUUGAAGAAGAUAUAUGCUCUGAAAUGUUUUAUACAGAUUACUGACUACUGGACAGGGUUUACCACUAUACAACAUCUCAAAGUUAUUCAAGGAUAUUUAAAGCAUAUUUACUUUAGUUACACCUUAUUUUAAACUCCAGAAAACAAUAGCUUUAAAAUUGUUGACAUUAAAAUAAUUAUAAAUGUAUACUUUUACUCGAGGACUAGAUCACAGUUUUAGGACAAAAAUCUUUCCUAUUUAAAAGUAAUGCCUUGUAAAUAUUUAGUUUAUAUAUUCAUGAAAAAAUCUGGACAUUUAUACUUUUUUUGUUUCCUUAUCAACUGUUCACAAUUAUUACUUAAUUGGUUUUAACAGUUCUACAUUAUAAUUGAAAGAAAAACUACUUGAGAGACUGAUUGUUUCAGAAUAGUGCCUACUAUUUCUGUGUCAGCUAAAAAUUUGUCCAGAGUUUUAGAUAUAAGCUAGUAUUUUGUGGCGUUUUAUCCAGGCAUUAAUAGUUCUUCCUGGCUGAAAUUUAAUACAUCAGAUUUAAUAUAGGUGCAGAAUCCUAAAUAACACUGUGAGAUGUAAUCUUAACUGCCCUCAAUACCUUAUAAAACUGCUGCACUUAACCCAGUGUGCAUUUAAUGAGUGGCUGGUCGUUGAUACGCUCAUCUUAGAUGCUGAAAUUUCUGUUCUGCAGCCCUUGUAAAAGUGGGUUUCUUGAUCAAUGCGUGCUCCCAAUGCUGAAGGAAAAGAUUUGUGUUUAAGAAAAGAAGUACAUCCUGAAAUUUGAAUGUGAAAGAUUAGAACAUAGAGGGUCUCUACAGUGUUUUUCUGCCACACUAGGAUUUCAAAUCUAUUUAUAGAGACUCUGAUUACAACAGAAAUUUUAAAACGAAAUUUUCCACAUAAGUGUUUUGUAGGAAAGCUCUUAUAAUCAAUGCUUAAGCUGCUUUUUGAGGCUUUUCUUGUACAGAGGUUGCAGCCAAUUACAUUUUAAUUGGUAGGCUGCUGAAUAAUGUUUUUGUACGUUUUAAAAUAAUAUUUAUUUUAAUAGGUUUUUUAACAUUAUGCAAACCCCAAUAAAGAACUGACACGCUGCACAGGCCAUUGACUGGGAAAUUUUGUGAAACACAGCCUAAAUACACAGUUUUUACACCAACUAAUUUGUCUUGCCUUUAAAACUGAUUAUAACUCUUUAAGUACAACUUUUAUAAAGAAAAAACACAACACUAAGACUAUAUGUUCUAUAAAUUACAGUGUAAUGACCCAUGCAGAACCACUGUCUGAAGCUUCCUCAGUGAUGCACAGCCAUCUCUCCAGCCAUGUUGUAUCAAAUUGCACACUAGAAAGAAAGGGAAAUACUACAAUGAAAAACCAAAAGUUACAGAGCAACAUAAGUAAAAUGACUAACCAGUUUCUUAGUAACAUGUUUGAAAUGGAAAAGGUGACUGACUGCCUUUCACUAGAGUCUUAGCUGUUUCAUGUUCACUAUUUUAGGUUAAUUUUCUUGGGAAAUCAAUUUGAAUAUUCCUCCCUGUCCUUUUGCAUUAUAGGACAAAAAUAUAUGUUCAGAGUUUGACAGACUUUUUAAAUAUGCCUCUUUCCCAAUUUUAAGUAUUUUUGGUUCUGCGUGCACAGAUUUAUCAAUGAAGUACAUUUGCCUCUGACUUUAUCACAAGGAAAAAGGAAUCAAACAUUGAACACAAAUGUGUUCCAAACCAGUCUUGACCAUCUUGUCACUUUUAUGUGACUGCUCCUCUGAACCAGAAGGGGCAUGAUAGAAGGCAAUAGGAAUUAAAGUAAAAAUCAUUCAGGGGAAGUGAGAAAUUCUACCGUAUACAGAGUGAAAAUGUGUGAUUUCAUUCCUGCCUUCCUUUAAACGUUGUGUCUUGAUCUCUGCCUAGUAGUAGUUAAGCCCUCAGUCGCCCAAACAUGAGGAGAGACCCAACUCCAGCAGCCAGAAUUUAGUAUUUACAUUUGCCUUCCCGAGUUGAGAAUAGAAUGUGGUGUUCUGUACUUUCUGUUUUUAUUAUUCCGAAGUAUUUUUUUAAAGAAGUGUUAUUUUUCAACAGAUUCAUAAAUUAGUUUCUGAUGUAUGGGAAAUUAAAACUCCCACUGUGUCAGUCAAACUGAUAUGCUAAUUUCAUAACCACUCAUUUCUAGUCUGUCAGAGCUGUACUGGUGGCUUAUUGCUGGGUUUUAAAGGUGUUUUUAACUUACAUAUAAGUGUUUUUUUUUCUAAUUUGUGUGUCUUUACAACUGAUUAAACAGUAGUUUAAAAAUA